UUUCCGCGCUUCCAGAAGAAAACACCGGUCUCGUUUGGGCUUAGUUACAACAUUUGUUUUUAUUUUUUAUUUAUCAAACUAAUUAAACAAAACCAAAAAAAAAAAAAAAAAAUCUUCUCUUUGUCCCCCCCUCCACUCCCGCCUCCUCUCAUGCCGCCGCUACGGCUCCGGAGAAGGGGCGACCUGUGACGGACCGAGCGGGCUUCUCCGUGAACAUGGCGUGCAUCGGGGACGCGGACCCCUUCACCGCCGCGAUACCUGCCACCAAAGUUGAGCUGACUGUGUCCUGCAGGAACCUGCUGGAUAGAGACACGUUCUCCAAGUCUGAUCCAAUUUGUGUUCUGUACACUCAAGGGAUCGCCAACAGAGAAUGGAGAGAGUUUGGCAGGACAGAAGUCAUAGACAACACCCUCAAUCCCGACUUUGUCCGCAAAUUCAUCAUGGACUACUUCUUCGAGGAGAGGCAGAAUCUUCGUUUUGACCUGUACGACUUGGACUGCAAGAGCGACAACCUCUCUAAACACGAUUUCUUGGGCCAGGCUUUCUGUACGUUGGGUGAAAUAGUCGGCUCCCUGGGAAGUCGCCUGGAAAAACCACUGAUUGGAAUUCCAGGAAAGAAAUGUGGCACCGUCAUCAUUAGAGCAGAGGAGCUGAGCAACUGCAGGGAGUCGGUGAUGCUUCAGUUUUGUGGCAACAAGUUGGAUAAGAAGGACUUCUUUGGCAAAUCGGAUCCUUUCCUUGUGUUUUACCGCAGCAACGAAGACGGGUUCUACACCAUCUGCCACAAAACAGAAGUGGUGAAGAAUACCCUGGACCCGGUGUGGCAGGCUUUUAAAAUUCCCGUCAGGGCGCUGUGCAACGGAGACUAUGACAGGAGCAUUAAGGUGGAAGUUUAUGACUGGGACAGAGACGGAGGACAUGACUUCAUCGGCGAAUUCAGCACCAGCUACAGAGAAAUGUGCAGAAGCCAGUCACAGUUCCAUGUCUAUGAGGUACUAAAUCCGAAAAAGAAAGGGAAGAAGAAGAAGAAGUACCAAAACUCAGGAACGGUGACCCUCCUGUCCUGCCUGGUGGACACUGAGCUGUCCUUCCUGGACUACAUCAGAGGCGGGACACAGAUUAAUUUCACGGUGGCAAUUGAUUUCACGGCAUCAAACGGCAACCCUUCCCAGCCCACCUCGCUCCAUUACAUGAGCCCGUACCAGCUGAAUGACUACGCCGUGGCCCUGCGUGCCAUUGGGGAGAUCAUCCAGGACUACGACAGCGACAAGUUGUUUCCUGCGCUGGGAUUCGGUGCCAAGCUCCCACCAGACGGGCGUGUCUCCCACGAGUUUCCCCUGAACGGUAACCCUCAGAACCCGUACUGCAGCGGUAUUGACGGCGUGAUGGAGGCCUACUACCAGAGCCUGAAGAGUGUGCGCCUGUACGGACCCACCCAUUUCUCCCCUGUUAUCAACCAUGUGGCCAGGUAUGCAUCGGCGGUGACGGACGGAUCGCAGUACUUCAUCCUUCUCAUCAUUUCGGAUGGCGUGAUCACUGACAUGGCGCAGACCAAGGAGUCCAUUGUAAAUGCCGCUUCUCUGCCAAUGUCGAUUAUAAUAGUUGGAGUUGGACCUGCAGAAUUUGAUGAAAUGAUUGAGCUGGACGGGGACGAAGAGAGGAUCUCAUCCCAGGGACGAUGUGCAGAAAGGGACAUCGUUCAGUUUGUUCCUUUCAGAGACUACAUCGACCGGCGAGGAAACCACAUUCUGAGCAUGGCUCGUCUGGCUAAAGAAGUGCUCGCCGAAAUCCCCGACCAGUUUCUCUCCUACAUGAGGACCCGAGGGAUUAAACCAGGCCCCCAGCCGCCACCUUAUACCCCGUGUCCGCCCCCGGCCAUCCACCCGCUCCACACCAGACGGGAACAUUUGGCUGCAGCGCGUAGCCCUGACUUGGGGAUGCUGCCAUUAUUUCAGCGACAGGACUUUGCGCUCGGGCAAUUUUGACGGUCGCGGCGGUUGGAAAUUUCUGGAUUUCCAACCAGAGGAAAUCCAACAAAGAGGAGAAGGAACAGGACGUCCGGAAAAGGUCCGGACUAGCGAGACUCUUUGGUCACGAACACUGUCCGCUCCUCUUUGUUCUUCUGCAUUCACUUCCUGAACCUUUCACAAAAUCUCUUGAUACUUCAAUGUUUACAUGGGGAAAGCGGAGAGGGUUUUUUUUUCAGGUGAUAAACGAUUUAUACCGAUCAAUGUGAAAACCUUUCAGAGUCAUAUUUUUCACCUGUAGAACCAGGAGGUUGUGAAUUUAAAAACAUUUAGGCCCUGAUGCCAUUUUCUUUUCCCACUACAUGUACAGCAAUUAUACUCUGUUUCUUUUUAAAUAAAUAGAGCAUGUUUUAGUGUAGAAGAAGCAUGCAAUGUCGUCCCACACUCAGGGCUUGUCCCCUCCACACCGCCGCUAACGCUGCUACGUACCGCCACAGACAAACCCGUCACCACCUGAGAUCUUCCCUCCUUCCGCUCCGCCCACCUCGGCUCCAGCAGGACGCUGCGCUCCCUGGGGGUUGGGUCAAAUCAAAUGCAGCAGAGACUCCAACCAGCCUUACUGUUAACGUCAGAAAACAUUCACAGGCAUCGUCCCCUCUACACCAUGGCUUCUGCAAAUGAGGAUCUCCAAGCCCAGCAGUCAAAAACACACACCUCUCUUUACAGAGUCUCUGAAUGUGAGCUGCGAUCUACAGCAGCGUUAUUUUUGUGAAAAUACACCUGCAUUUCAGAGGCAUCGCUGUGUUUUGGUUACGUCUCUCUACCUCUUACUUUACUCUGUACACAAUAUAAAUGUCACUUCUUUUCUUGUAAAUAACAAGUAUUGUGAGUUAUGUUGGUUAAAGCUGCAGUAUGUAAGUUUUAUUUUUUUUAAAUUGUUUCUUUUUUUUACAUAUUUCUUAAAACUGUCACUAUGUUGCGACAAUUUGAUACGAGAAAGAUAAUCUGAAAAGAUUGAUCUCCUCCACCUCCUCGCUGAGCUGCUGUUACUGUCUGAAGGAAUGCACCGCGCCCCACCAAAAACAACCAAUCAGAGCCAGGAGGAGGGUCUUAGUGUUGUCACUCAAUCUCAUGUACUCGCUGCUAAAUGGGUUAGUCACAAAAUGGCAGAGAAACAACUUACCGUUACAAGAACACAGUUUAUCCACCGUCACUGGUGGCCAUGCUAACUAGCAUUAGCUUUCACUACAGGAUUGCACAAUAGAGAAAGGUGAGGAGAGAGAAGAGUAUGAUCAUUAGGAUGAUUGACAGCACUAAGACCCGCAUCCUGGCUCUGAUUGGUUGUUUCUAGUUAGCACUGAGGAGGCGGAUGAGCUUAAUUUUUUUAUUUCAUAAUCUGUCACGAAAUGGUGACAGUUUCAAUAAAUAUGUAAAAAACUACUUUUGUAAACGUUACAUACUGCAUCUUUAACCAGGAACACGGUCAUUCUGUUAUACAAGAUCAUUGUCAAAUUCUCUAAAACCUCUCAAGCCAAUUUGUAAUCAGAGCAGGUAUCAACACACUGAAUAAGUGCACAAAGAACUGAUAACCAGCCGAUGAAACUCAAACUCCUUAUCCAGUGAGAACUCACGCAGCGCUCUGAAAAGGUUUUUGCUUUUAUUUCAAAUUUAAACGUUUACAUGAUCAAAUAGAUUUUAAUAUCAGGCAAAAAUAACCCGAGUAAUUAGAAAAUUAUGUUAUUUUCAAAUGAUGCAAUCCUUCAUUAAGGGAAAAAACAUUAUCCUUAUUAUUAGAGCCCAAUGUGAAAAAAUAAUUGCGCCCUAAAACUAAUAAUUGGUUGCUGCAACAGCUGGCGCCAAGCGUCUGUGAUAAUUGGCUGUAUGUCUGCCUCAUUGCUGUGAAGGAAAUGUACACAUAAAACUGUCCUCUUAAAGUAACAAACGGUUGGCCAGACAACCUGCUUUAGGAUUUCCUGCUAAAGAACAGAGUUCAUGGUUCCAUCAUCAAAGGCUCAGAAGCAGCAAAGUAGGACGAAAUCAUCACACUACCAUCAUGAGCGUCUGUUUGUUGCUCUGUUUCUGAAAUGCUGUCAGUUUUAAGCUGGUCUCCUUUGUGAGAGUAGGUUUGGAUAUGUUGUUUUUAAAGUGUGUUUACUCAGGUUAUUUUUGCCUAACAUUAAAAUUUGUCUGACAAGCUGAAACGUUUCGCCCUCACAGGAGUGGUCUACCUAAAACCAAUGUGCCAGUAUCAAACUUUCAAAAGGAGCAAAACAAGCUAAAGUGACUCGAUUCAGGUUGUUUAAAAAAAAAAUAAAAUUGGAGAAAAUCUGUCAGUGGGUUUUUAUAAACCAGCGUUUACACUUUUUUGGCUUCCAUGUCAGCAAUUAUAACUAUUUGGAGCCAGAAAUGUGAGGGGCGAAAACAGCACUUAACACCCAGAGAAGGAGGUGUCACCAUGUUCUUUGAUUUUUAUUUUAUUUCCUACUGCUAAAUAUAAAAUAAAUGAAGGAUUGCGAGGUCAGCUGAAGUACGGCAGCGUGGGAAACACAGAGUGCGUCACAUUUGUCCUAAACGGACCCUUGCCUUACGUAACAGCAGGAGCUUUCCACGGCGUGGAAACACACCUCCUGUUGCUCUUUCAUGCUGUAAGUGUUCAUCUCAAUGGACUGUUUUCUUCAAGGCCAUUCUGUGUUUCAUGUGGUCAGGCAGGAACAAUCUGUGAAUUAAUGCUAGAAUAUCACAGGCCUUAAGCUUAGUGCUCUGAUGUUCGGUCCUGUUCGCCACCUCUGUUUUUCGUUCCCUCUCUUCCUGAACACCAACAUGGUGGGGAGAAAAAGAGCAAUAGUCUUUCGUUUGGUAUCAAUUUACUGGCAGAUUUUCCCAACGAUUACCAAAAAAAUUAUUAUAAACGUUUAAGUGUACAUUUUUUUAACCACCUGUAAGCUUUGGGACAGCAGCAGCGCUCCACUCAGAUUCAGACACUUACAGCGGACUCAGCUGGCGGCCUCCUUGUUUACCUUGUCCAACAUGAGAUUACAACUGACAGCUCGAUAUAUUUCAGUGAAAAUUUCUUAUCUGUUGCACUGCCGGCAUAAAUUUAUGGGUAAAACAUAUCACACUGGUAGCUAUAAUGUCUCUGUGUAUAAGAACCACUUCUUUAUUUAGGCUCUGGGUCAAUUAAUCCUUUUGCUAAUAUGUACCUCCGUCCUGCACGCACACACAAGUCUGUCACAAUUACAAAUUUUGCUGGAUGAUAAAUUGUUCCAGAAGUUACUUAUCACUGCGAUAGUUAGGUUUGCUAAUAAGUAUGUAAGUGUCAAAGUUACGUUAAAAAUCAAACGUUUUUACAAUCAGAUGUUAGCAACAAGCUUUAUGGUUAGCAUGUCUGUUGACCCAAUAAACAGAUAAAAGUCAGCUAGCUACUGCAAUAAAUAAGUUUGCUAAUAACUAGUAAGCCUCAAAGUUACCACAGAAUUCAGCCGAUAGUUAGUCUAUAUUUUUGGCUAGUUGCUACACUGCUGUGUAGAUUUAACUGCAAAGCCAUAUUUUAAAAAGAUUGCAAAGAGGUUCACCACUUCUGUGUUGUGAGAACAUCACACUACUGUAUUACUAUACCUAAAAUAAAUCAAAUUAAAUUGGAUAUUAUUAUACUAGCAGUUUUAGUAAGAGUUGCAACAGACCAUUUAAUCAGUUGGCUUCGAAAUGUGUUUUACUACCAUAAAAGUGAUAUUUUUACUCUAAUGUUUAAUAUUGUCAGAAUUCUCCAUGUGGAUCUUGAGAACUUUAAAUAAUUUUUUUUUUCUGGCUAACCCACUGAAAUCCGCUGUUGCUGUUUGAUUCUCAGCCGCAACAUUUUCCACAAGAGAUCAGUCUCCAUAAUCAAAGCCAAGUGGUUCAGGUAACUGCACUGUCACUUUUAGACAAGUGUGGCCGUGUCGCUGCGCCCCGUCACAGGUCCGCCACGAUUUUAGGUCUUUGCACAAACAAUUUAAUCCCAAUCCGUCAUCAAACUCUGCACACAGAGGGCCGUCUUUCUUCAUGUAAAUGUGUGAACUGAAGUUUUCCUGUAUAUUUGUGUACCGCAUACUGUACAGUAGAUUUUAACCUGUGUCUUUAGGGCCCUAUUCAGUCAAGGAAUCUAUAUAACGAAUGUUUACAACAACUUUUUAAACUCACGCCUCAAAAUCACAGUAUACUUCUUGGCUGAUGAUGUUUUCAUUAGAACAUCUGGUUAUUAACUGCUUCUAAAACAUUUUCUGAGAUGUUUAUACACUUCUACAGAGUUCUGCCUUUUUUUUGUGCGUAUCGGUCAAAACUGCUGUUUGUGAGAUGCUGCUUCUUUACUGCUCAUAUAACGGAAUUCCAUUUUGUACGGAGGCCUGUAAUCAUAUUUAAAUCAUGACUAACAGGCCUUAUCAAUGUUUCUGCAGACGUUAUUCAUAUUUAAAUCAUGAACGACAGGCCUGUAUUUUUAUAAACAAACGGUUAGAGAGCGAUGUAUGUUUCAUGUGUUAGAAAAUCAACUUUAUGAUAAACACUCUGUAGCAAUGUUAUUUCUGCCAAAUUUAACAUGCUGUUAAGUGUAGCGUCUCAAUCCCUGAACAAAAAAAAACCAACAGCUUGUUCAAUUUUGACUGAAUCGGGUUCCUCCCUGUGUGGUCAUGGGGGUUGAACAUCGUGGUGUUUUUGUCCUGACCGGGACCUAUUGUACAAAAGCGUGAAUGUGGAAUUGCACAAUGUAGCACUGUAGUCUCAGUCCGUGACUGGAGGAACAGCAGACGAAGCCGGAACAGGCAGGACGUCUUUUACAUGUAAAUAUUGUGGAAGCUGGACUCGCAUCAGACUGCCGCUACUCUGUGACCCCCCGCUCCGGUCCAAAACAAAAGGGAAUGCCUUUCAUUUAUUUAUCUUGGCAACAUGCCAUCUUCAUCUCACACCAACUCGAAACAUCCAGGAUGUGUAUUUAACAUGCAUGACACUUACAUAACAUCACGUCUGAGUUUUGUGAGGGGAAAACAGUUUUUUGUUUUCUUUUGGGGGGUUUUAUUUCAAAUGCUUCAAGCUUUUACAAUAAUCUGGUCUUUGUUCUGUUACCACAAUCUUAAGGACAGCUUGUAACAGGUGAAGGUUGAUGGUUUUAAUGCGCGUCAAACAAUCCUGACACGGACCAUGUUGUUUUCUUACUGGUUUGAUUUUAAAUAAAAUGUCCAAAGGACAUCUUUAAAGGAACCUUUAACAAUACGACCUGCAUUGCCUAACUUAGAAAUUCCACCUGAUUCUCAUUUCCCUUAAGUGGAAACCGCCUGGGAUUUCUCCCAUUGAGUUUGAUUUGGGAGGAGGAAUCCUCCAAAGGUGAGGAAAAGAUUUUUUCAAUUAUACCUUAAUACAUUUUUUUCAUCAGUAAUUUUUAUUUCUAUUUCUUUUUUUCAUUCAUUAUAAAACAUAGUUUAAAAUGAUUUAUUGAAACGUUACUUGCCAUUUUCUUCUUUCCGACUGGGAUGAUUCUCCAAUUUAUUCAAGCUGCUUUGCUCCUCUGGCUAGCGUAACUGGCACAAAAUGGACAAGAACUCAAGGCCGACUAAAAUUGCAAGAUGUGAGGUUACAUUUCUGCUGAACAUAUGCAACCAUUAUUGAAUAGUGAAUAGAAGUGAGAGAAGAACAUUCUGAAAGUUGACUUUCUUCACAUAUUUUGUAGCAUUGGGCUAAAGCUGAUGCUGUUUACGCUUUGGUUGUUCACACAUCAUGUCCACAGCUGCUGCUAUUUUAAGAAAUGUGUCAUAUUGUUUAAGGUUCCUUUUAAGGACAUUUUCUGCUUAUAUAAUGAUAAAAAAAUUUAAAAAAAUAAAAAUCCUACGAUAUAUUAAAACAUUUAUGCACAUCAGGUUGUUCUCCUGUGCAGCACAAAUAAAACACAGAGUUAGGACAAAAUGGGAAGGAACCCCAACAUAAAGUGUCUUAUUGGGAAACUCUCUCGCCCCUCUGUGCCUACAUAGCAGCCUCCCUGGGCCUUUGGCAGCGCCUCCACUACAAGCUCUGCUGGAGGGAACACAGAUCUUCCUAAAGACGUUCCCCUCGUGACUGAGAGCGCUGGAAACAGGAGCUCAGCCGGGCCGACGUGGCGGCACCGGCUGCUUGGAGCAGAGCUCCGGGAAACGCUUCUGCCGUCUUUUAAUACGGCGAAAAUCUGCAACGUUAUUACGGAGGUCAUUGAUAAAGCCAUUUAGAAAUCAAAAUACUGAUUUACUACAAAAUAGAACGACAUUCCAGCUGUGUUAUUAGAGAUGCUCCUUGUUUAUAUAAAAUAUCUUUUGUUUUGUUUUUUGGGGGGGGAGGAAGGGAGGGGGGUUCCACCUUCAGGAUGAGGAGGUCCAGUUAUUUAAACGGCGCUUUCACCUGAGAGUACAUCCAUGUGGGAACUGGAGGCAACGUUGGGGACAGUUAAAGUAUUUACAGUGCAGGAGAAGGUUGAAAUCACAAGCCGUCAGACCAGCGUGGAAUAAAAAACACCACGAAAUAUUGAAACCAGAUACUUACAUACUGAAUAAAAACACACAAACACUUUUUUUUCCUUUAUUUCUGUAGUUAAAUCAGACCAAACUUUUCUUGUUUUACCUUAGUUAGAAUUACCAAAAUUAUUUCCAUUUGCUAAAUGCCAGAAAACUUAAGAACUUUUGUUUUUUUAGAAAUGUAUUUGUUGUAACUCUCCUCGAAUUCAAAAGGAAGUUUACAUACAAUCGGUUGGUAUCAGAGAUAACAGACAAACUGUACAACUUGGGUCAAACCUUUUGGGCUUCCUUCUACAAACCUCUGAUAGGUUAACCUAAUUGGCAUCGCACUAAACUAAGUCACGCUAAACGUUUGAAUUCAAGGAUGCAACAUUACAAAUGGAAUCUCUUAAAAACUAUUCUUGCAAAAUUUUCUGGCAUUUAGCAAAUGGAAAUAAUUUUGGCAAUUCUAACUAACCUAAAACCAGCAAAGUUUAGUCUGAUUUAACUGAAGAGACUGAAGGGGAAAAAAGUGAUUGUACUUUUAUUCAGUAUGUUAUACAGAAUAAAACAGUAUAUUCUGUUUGAUUCAGAAUAUACUGAAUUCUGAUUCCAGCUGUAUUUACAUAUCUGAAUCAGUCUGCUGAGAGCCCAGUAAUCUUCACACAUGUAAUAUAAACUGUGUAAACUGUAAAUUAUUAUAUCGGACAAAGUGGUUUAUUUGAAUGCCUGUGAUGAAUAUUCUGUUAUAAUAUCUUGAUGUGUUACUCUAGCAUGUACCAAGUUUGCAUGUGUUGGAUUUUAUUUAUUUAUUUAUUUUGCAGACGGGAUGCAUCGGUAGGUCGAAGCAACGAUCAAUUGUACUUUGUGUUAUUUCAAGGACUUGUUUGCCUUAAGUAGCUCACUGAUCGAUCUGGGAAUCAUGCAAUGCCUUCAGAUGUUCUAUUUAAAUAAUGAAUAUUCUCUUUUUCUUUCUUUCUUUUUUUAACUCCACUGACACGUGGCAAGAGUUAGAAGUGAUGUGAGAAAGAAAAAAUGAAAGAUCUGAUUUAAAUUGCCCUUCAUUUAGUUGGCAAAAAUAAGGCAUUCAAACGUUUUGUUUAAAGUUAUUUUUGUAGUAGAUGCUAAAUUUGAACAAUUUACAAUUGCUGUUUUUUUUUUUUCAAAACUCAUCUUCCAAAAAGUAUGUUUUUUGUGUUUGUUUUUUUGUUUGGUUUGGUUUUGCAUGAUGUUACCACUCAAGAAAAAAAAAAGAUUAUUCCUAUAAACUCCUUAAAAUGAGUGAAGAGAUUACAAGACAGCACAGGUUUCAGAGGAACAACAAAAGCCACAAGCAACUGAUUAUUUUAAAAGACCGUAUCUGUAAGAAUUACAAUAUUUGAAUAAAUAUUCAUAUAAUAUG